GGAGGGGGGGGGGUCACAACCACAUACGAGCAAACAAGAUUUGGGUUCUUUGGUUUUAUUUUAAAACACUAUUCAAUAACCAGGCACGCCGUUGUUUCUUAGUAUUCAUCAAACUGUAUAACAAACAUUUGUUUAAUGAUUGAGAUAUUAUAUAAUUCUAACACUGCUUCAUAAAUCAACCUGCGUCGAAAAGAGCAUAAAACAUAGGAUGUAAGAAAGGGGUGUAGAAAUUGUAAUCGAAGGAGUCUUAGAUGUUACUGUAUGGUCAUUUCCAUCCAAUUACAAACUAGCAUUUACACAUACAACACAUCUAAUUGUUGGACAGGCACAUAUACACAUGUGACUUUGACAGUUGUCAUGUGACGUGUAUACAUGUAAUUAUUACCGCAGUUUAGAAGUAGGGGAGAAAUAAUACACCUGCCUACAUAUUUCAUUAGGUAAAGCCAGUGCGAAUACCGGACAAUCUUAAAUACAUAUUAGCUGGUAAUCUGACACAUUACAAUAUGGUGAGGGGAAAUGCAGUUGUUGUAGUAAAUGAGACAGACAAACCAAGGGAAGGUACAAAUGUGGACAAAGAUAACUUGAUGUCAAUUAUUAACAUCCUUGGAUUUCAGUGUAUCAAUGUAAAAGACAGCUUGAAUGUUUCGUCAACAGAUUGGCAGCAUGAAGGUGAUAGGAAGGAGGAUUGUGACUGUCUUAGUUGUAGGAUAAAAACAUCAGCAUUGAAUGACGGUACGGACUGUUUCCUUUUUGCUAUAACUACCCAUGGAGGUGAAAAGGAAGGUUCCAUGGAGCUUCAGUUUAGUGAUAAAAAAAAGGUUGAGCUGAAAAGCAUUGUAGAUGUGCUAAAUAGCGACUGCCUGAGGGGGAAGAAGAAAAUACUGAUAGUGCAAGUCUGCAGGAGUUCCAGGGAUAAUGCCGCCUCAGCUGAUGAUCCAGGCGUUUCUAUAAAUAUAGCAAAGGAACUAGAAGAGGUGCAAAUAGACCCAGAACGGACUAUAAAUGAUGAAAACCCAGAAGACGAGAAUCAGGGGGCAACAUAUCUAGAUUUGUCGGAUGGAAUACUCCCAAGCUUUUUGCCAGCAAAUUUUAUCGUUGUCUACGCUUGUUGGUCUGGUAGAAUCGCACAGUUUAGCAAAAAAGAAGGAUCAUGGCUAGUUACCGACUUGAAAAAACAGAUUGACAACCAUUUUGAAGAAAAUACCAGUUUGGGAUUUCUACAAAUACUGACACAAACUGUUGCAAGUGUGGCGGAAAGGGAAACCGUUUGCUACAAAAGGACAGAAGACAAGAAAAAAAAAACUUGGCACAGAUGGGAAACCAGUGAAAGAUCCUAAAAAGUCUGGAAUGAAAAGCACAGUUACAAUAGUGCAUACAUUGACGGAGCCACUGAUAUUCCAGAAAACUGCCCCGGUAGAGGAUGGCGACGAGGAGCCAAAUCCAAAUAUCUAAACAUUUUUGCAUGGACGUUAUUUCGAAUACUUCUGUGAUAUGACACUUAUCACAACAUUUCGUGAAAUAUUGUCAACUAUAUAUAUAAGCGUGUUAUGUGUAUUACUAUGGUAUGUGUAAUUGUAUUGCCUGUAUUAAUUUAAACUAGUAUUGAAAGGUUUGCUUUGUACCAUAUUGAAGAGUUUUUUCUUUGUUUUUGUUUAUGCAUUAAAACUCAAAUUAGGACGGUAAUAAUACAACGCAAUAAUUAGCUUCAAAUAUAGUACAGCAAUAGUUUAACAUGCGUUUCAAACGUAAAAAAAAUGAUUGGUGAGUGUUUAAAGAUUUACUGUGAUCUACAUUCGUCUCAUAAGGCAGAAAUAUCGUGUUUUCUGCACCUUUCUUUCAAAUUAAACUCGGUAUUCUUCAAUAGAAUCAUCGUUUUCGACAUUUUUUUUCACUCUUUUUGGUAUAUUAAAACAAAUUUAAAUCUUAUUUGGGUAUAAAUGUGCAUCUUUAAUGUUGAUGCUGGUGACCCUAUAUCAUCUUGGAACCAUUUGAAAUUAUAAAAAGGAAUUCUUACUGAUAACUUUUAAGUACAAUAAAUGACCGAAAACACCGUAAAGAUAAAGAUACUGUGGUUUCUAUUUUUGCUCUUUAUUUCAACUUAAAGCUGCACUCUCACAGAGUUACUAACGGUUUAAG